AUGACAUUGCUGAAUAGACUCAAAGCUCUUCCUAUCAGCAAUACAGGAUCAUCUUCUCAACUCUUAAAAUCCUUCAUUGGUACAAUGAAUAGAAGAAAUUUCUCAACUCAAUCCCUCCUCCGAAAUGAUGUACCAACAGAACAAAACAAACCAAAAACAGCCUUUGAAUCCAAACAAGAUAAACGUAUGAAGGAAUUGGAAGAACGUUUGUUGAAAGGAAAGGCUGGAGUUUUAAUCACCAACAGGAGGGAGAAGGAAAUUGUAGUCUCGGGUGCUAUUCUCACUUUUGCUCUUUUCUUUGUUUCUCUCUUAUUUACUAUUUACAGAGUUUAUGAUACCUAUUUGCAAAAGCAAAUUAGAUUUUUACCAUCUCCGUUCGUAAAACUUGAAGAAAAUCAUAUUGAUUGUGUAGACUUCUUUGGUCAUCACUAUUAUCACAUGCCAAAGGGGAGUCUCACUAUCGAAGAAAUUGAGGAAUUGGAAAAGAAGUCUAUUAGAUAA